AUUGAAGUCUACAGCACGAUCGGCAAACAGUCCCGCUCGAUUGCCUCCGGCAAACGAAGCGCUCCAAGGAUGAACGUGCAGUAUAACUCUGCCCUGCGGCAGAGCAAGGCGAUCCGUAGCGAGCUGUCUUCGCUCAACGACAAGAGCGCCCCGACACCCGCCGAGAUCGGCAACGUGUCUGCUUCACUGGCUUCCUUCACCAAGACCCUCGACGAGUAUAAUCAUCUGGCACGGCAAGAAAUCGUAGUCAAGAAGCAGGAAGAAGCCUUCGAGCGCGUCAAACGCUUCCGCGACGACCUCUCCGACUUUCGCGCCCAGAUCGACGGGUUGAAGAAGGCGAGGGAGGAUGCACAGCACCAAAACAAUAGGACCGAGCUCCUGGGGAGGCGGCCGUAUAAUGCUACCCCCGAAAACCCCUAUGCCAAUGCCACGACCACAACGACCAACUCGGCCUUUCAGCCGCGGAGCAACGCGUAUGGGAGUGGCCACCUCACAACAGGCUCUGCCGACGAAAUGCGCGAGGCGCACGCGCUACGCGAGCAAAACUUCUUCGCCAACACGCACAGCGCGCUCGAUGACUAUAUUGCCCGGGGACAAGCGGUCCUGGGCGACCUGGGUGACCAGCGCGAGAUGCUCAAAAACACGCAGAAGCGGCUGUACAGUGUCGCCAACACGCUUGGCGUCAGCGGCGACACAAUUCGCAUGGUCGAGCGGCGUGCGCGAGAAGACAAGUGGAUCUUUUUUGCUGGCGCUAUCAUCUUCUUCCUGUUCUGCUGGUUGGUCCUCCACUACCUGCGGUGAAACCGACCGGCGAGCGCUGCCUGCCGCUGCUGUAGGGAGCUACGUCGUCACGGCACGAGAUGUCCAUUUCAAGCGCGGCGUUUCUGGCUAUCUCUUCAUAACUGUUCGAUAUCUGCUGGCAUUUGACGCUCCAAUUUGAACACACGCGUCACGGGCCUAUCCCACGUCCUCGCCUUCGAUUUGUCGCAGCGCUAUUGUGAAGAGCACGUCCUUCGACGUCUGCACCUCGACGCACUUAGUGUCAGGGAGGAUAUGAUUACUCGUGCUUAGCUUUCCUCCGACUUGCGUUUCCCAGUCGGUCACGUCCCACUCCAGGCCUUGGGUGGAGAUGGCGCAGGGCCCUUGGAGCGGCAAGAUCCCGACGUGCUUUCCAAAGGCCACAUCCUCGCCGUCCUCCCUGACGCGGAUGAGAUGCUUCCCGGCUUUUAGGAGGAAUGUGAGGCUCGACCCAGACAGGAGGAAGAGCCGGCCAAGAGCGUAAUCCGGACCCGGCUGGAGCAGGUAGAGAUGAUGCAGCUGGCUGACACCUUGGUCGACGCGUCCGCCAAUACCACCGAGGGCGACAAUAUCGAGAUUGUCUGAUCGUGCCUUCCGAAUCCAGGCCACGGCCUUGGCGAAGUCGGUGGAUUCCUGGUCGGUGAUGUGGACGACUUCGGCCGGUGUGGGCUGUGAGGAGUAAAAGUCUCUAACCGAAGGCGAGAGCGAGUCGAGGUCACCGAUGAUGGCCUGAAGGUUGGACUGCGUGAUGUGUCAGAAAGACGGCAGAGCAGGGCAAUGGAAUGAGCCACGACAUACGAAUUUGCCUUGGAACGAGGACAGUUCAUGGAGGCGGUUGGCACCGCCGUCGGCGGCGACCCGGAGGGAGGCUGGGAGCGCGUCAGUAUCAGCUGGUGAGGCGCAUGCUGCCGCCGACACGAACCGUUCUUCCACAGUUUGCGGAGACUGGCGCUGUUCUUGAGGGGCUGGUUCAGCACGAGGAGGGCGAACUCAGAGGUGCUGUCGUGGUCGAGGAGAAGCUUGGCAGGAUGCCACUCGAACGCCUCUGCGGCCAUGGUGAGAGAUGACUUAAUAUCCAAGCAGAAAACAGGAAUCAAUCACAGGGCUAUCGAGCGCGUGAAG